AGAAACGAGGCUCGGAGGAAGAGAACCUCCUCUCCUGCACCCCCCAAAACCAGCUGAGCAGGGCAGCCGCGAGCUGGGAUUGACAAACCAUGAAGGAAGAAGGAGGGGAUCCUGAAGCAGUAACAGACUGUUUGCUCCUGGACUCCGUCCAAGCGGACUGCUUCCACAUCAGUGCUGUUCCCAGAAGAGGAAAUUUCAAGUGUGAGCCUGCAUGGUCCCGAGCCAUUGCCUGACCACUGGAUGUGGUUCUUCUGUCCUAUCACUCUUUACCAAAAUAGCAGAAGGAUACAGCUGGUGGAGGGGGCAGCGCAGCUAGACACAAUCUGCUUUUUCUUAUUGCAUUGGGACCAUGGAAGGAAAAGAGACAUCACCAAGUCAUCACUUGGAGGAGAGCAGCAUAUUGGACCUACCCUCUGUUUGUGACCUAGCAGAGCGCUUUCUGCCUCCACACAGCUCUGAAGACAGCGAGGAGCUGUUUCGUUCUGUGGAUACUUUUCCCUCUCCACCCACAGGAGAGAACAAUCUACCCUCUGCAGUUCCUCUGAGCUUUUCUGCUGGAGGCUCUGAGAAAGCAAACGAGAGAUGUUAUCCAAAAGCAGGGCUGUGUGAGCCCACUGAACCUAACGAUGCUGCUCUCUCAUGGAUGUAUGAAGAUGAUAGUGCGGAAGAUACCGGUGUCAGGAAAUCUCUUGAUGGCUUCUACAAAAUGUAUUGCAAAAAAUGGCCAGACAGAAUGGAUCCCACCUACGAGGCUGCAUCACAAUGUCUGUUGCAGAAGAUUUCAGAGCUAGCAAACCGGGAUGGAACAAAAUAUGCAUCACGUUGCCUGCAAAUGGCCCAGGUGGUCUUGAACAGAGAUGGGUGUAAGAUCUUUCCAAACCACCCCACUACUGCUUGUUUUUCAAAGCCAGCUGAGGGAGAAGUUGUGUUGGAAGACAGAAAGAGAACACCCGGACUCUCAGAUGACGUCCUGCGAUUCCUCUUGAAACAAACACGGACAGAACAUCGUCCUGACAUGCCACAUGAGAAGUGAGCAAGGUGCUGGUUUGUUUCUGUCAUUGAGGCUUGGCUUUCACUCCGAAAAGAGGUGACUUUCUUGGAAAGACACUGUUCUCUUAGCACCACCUUCAACACCACAUAUUCCAUGGAGGGAUUCAUAUGGAGCAGACCUUGCCACCUUGGCCUCUGCAGGGCAGCACCACAUAAGGAGCAUCUGUGGUCCCCAUGUAACUGCUUGGGAUGUGUUGACUAAUUGGGAUGGGUGAUGGGUGAUACAGUGUCUGUUGCUGGGACAUCAAACAUGAUGAUUUGUAUCUACUAGGCUUUUAAAUUGACCUACAUCCCUACCCCAGCUGAACAGUGGCCCAGCCCAAAUUCAGCCCCUGUGUAGGCAUGGAUGUCCGAGUGCUGUUGACUAUGACAGACUGAUUGAAUGAGCUUGGCACGGUAUGCCCUAGACCUAGGGAGGAACCUUAAGAUUUUGUGCUGUACCUGACUGAUACUGUAACACCUGUGCCUCCUCAGGAGUGCCUGAGAGCUGUGUGUGUUUACCUACAGACAUGAUCCCACAGAUCAUGAUUGCAAUGCGGGUGAGCUUUUUUGACAGAAAAAGUGUGUGUGUACAUAAGAGAGAGAGGAAAUACAGCUUCUGAGCAGGUUAUGGUUUUUUAACAGGAGGGAUAAAAAAAGAGAAAGAAAAGCUUUAUUGCCUUACUGAUGUCUCUAACACUUCAAAUGCACUAGCUAAGCAGACUGGGGAUUUUUUCCUAUCUAUGUGAGCAGGUUUAAGAGCAACCUGAGAUAGAUUCAUGAGUGAGGGCUCUGCAGAGGUGUCCAUAGGGAAGCUGCAGAGUUUGGUGCCAGCUGCCGUGGUAGCUGCCUGCUGUAAGAUACAGAGUACCUAGGAAAAGCAGAGCUCACAUAUCAGCAUGUCCAUGUGGGUCGCUUGGUUGAUUCUCUAGGGGCAAUGCUGCUUUCUCCAGCUCUCUCCCUACCCUUAGCCCCUGCAGAUUUCUGCUACCGUAGGGUCUGAGCCUAGAGCUUUCACAGAGGGAAAGCUAAUGCUCAUUGCUUGAGUACACUCUGUUAUCUUUGUUGGCACUGCACAAGACCUUGUGAUUAUUUUCCUGGUGUGUUGAUGGAUGAGGGAAAAUGUUCUGUGAGAUGUUUGAACCAUGAAGGUGGUUGCUUUCCAGUAGGGAUCAU